GAUCGAGCCAAAGACGAUUUCAAACAAAGAUGGGACAAUCCAUCUCAGAAUACAGCGGUGUUGGAUGAUUUUGAUCGUAUAAAAACAUUGGGAACUGGAUCAUUUGGGCGAGUUAUGCUCGUUAAGCAUAAGCAAAAUGGUUGUUAUUAUGCGAUGAAAAUCCUCGACAAGCAAAAAGUUGUAAAGCUAAAACAAGUCGAACAUACGCUUAAUGAGAAACGCAUUUUGCAAGCUAUUGAUUUUCCUUUUCUUGUAAAGAUGGAUUUUUCGUUCAAGGAUAAUUCAAAUUUAUAUAUGGUGCUUGAGUUUAUUAGUGGUGGUGAAAUGUUUUCACAUUUGCGACGCAUUGGCCGUUUUAGUGAACCCCAUUCGCGUUUUUACGCUGCACAAAUAGUACUUGCUUUUGAGUACUUGCACUCGCUCGACCUCAUUUAUCGAGAUCUCAAGCCUGAGAAUCUUCUUAUUGAUAGCACUGGAUAUUUAAAGAUAACAGAUUUUGGUUUUGCAAAACGAGUGAAAGGACGAACGUGGACCCUUUGUGGUACACCGGAAUAUUUAGCUCCUGAAAUAAUACUCAGCAAGGGUUACAACAAGGCUGUUGAUUGGUGGGCUCUAGGCGUAUUGAUUUAUGAAAUGGCAGCCGGGUAUCCUCCAUUCUUUGCUGAUCAACCAAUUCAAAUCUAUGAAAAAAUUGUUUCUGGAAAGGUUAAAUUUCCAUCACAUUUUUCGAAUGAACUGAAAGAUCUUUUGAAAAAUCUCUUACAAGUUGAUUUAACGAAGAGAUUUGGUAAUUUAAAAAAUGGUGUCGCCGAUAUAAAAAAUCACAAAUGGUUCGGCUCAACAGAUUGGAUUAGUAUUUACCAAAAAAAGAUUGAAGCACCAUUUCUACCGAAAUGUCGUGGCGCUGGUGAUGCAUCGAAUUUCGAUGAUUACGAAGAAGAACCUCUUCGGAUUUCUGGAACUGAAAAAUGCGCUAAAGAAUUCGCCGAAUUUUGA